AGCAACACAGCUAGGACACACACUUAAGAGCACCCUGCACUUUCUAACCCUUGUUGCAAACAGAGAAAAGACACCGCAAGUGGAUACGAGAGGUUUGCUGAACUACUGAUCCGUGCGUAUGGACUUUUAAUUGCUGAAUUGCAAGGGGUUUGACUUUUUUUUUUUUGGUCGCAAUUGAAAACAGAAGCUCAUGAUUUAACUGCCCGACUUUGUGCAUGUGCUCCACGCACAAAUAAAAAGCUAUUUUUUAAUUUCAUAAUCCUCCUUUUUCCCUCUAAAUAGUCCACUUUCUUCUCUAAAAUUGGCUCCUGUACAAACAGCCGCGUUGGAUCCCUCGGGUUACUGCGAGACUCCGGUGUACAACCCGGAUCUCUGUCCAAAUAUGAUCGCCGCCCAGGCCAAGCUGGUGUAUCAUCUCAAUAAAUACUACAACGAGAAAUGCCAGUCUCGGAAGGCGGCCAUCUCCAAGAACAUCCGGGAGGUGUGCAAGGUAGUCUCAGAUGUCCUGAAGGAGGUGGAGGUCCAGGAGCCCCGCUUUAUCAGCUCCUUAAACGAAAUGGAUAACCGCUUCGAGGGGCUCGAGGUCAUCUCCCCUACAGAAUUCGAGGUGGUCCUGUAUCUGAACCAGAUGGGGGUCUUCAACUUCGUGGACGACGGCUCUCUGCCGGGCUGCGCCGUGCUCAAGCUAAGCGACGGGCGGAAGAGAAGCAUGUCCCUCUGGGUCGAGUUCAUCACGGCUUCGGGAUACCUGUCCGCGCGAAAGAUCCGCUCCAGGUUCCAGACGCUCGUGGCGCAGGCGGUGGAUAAGUGCAGCUAUAGGGACGUGGUUAAAAUGAUCGCGGACACCAGCGAGGUGAAAUUACGCAUCAGAGACAGAUACGUGGUUCAGAUCACCCCCGCGUUCAAGUGCACCGGCAUAUGGCCGCGCAGCGCUGCCCACUGGCCGCUGCCACACAUCCCGUGGCCUGGUCCGAACCGGGUGGCAGAAGUCAAAGCCGAGGGUUUCAAUCUCUUAUCGAAGGAGUGUUACUCGUUGAACGGGAAGCAGAGCUCGGCGGAGAGCGAUGCCUGGGUGUUGCAGUUCGGCGAAGCGGAGAACCGCCUGCUCCUGGGAGGGUGCAGGAAGAAAUGCCUGUCCCUGCUCAAGACGUUGCGCGACCGUCACCUUGAACUUCCCGGGCAGCCUCUCAACAACUACCACAUGAAAACUCUUGUGUCUUACGAGUGCGAAAAACAUCCGCGCGAGUCGGACUGGGACGAGAACUGCCUCGGGGAUCGACUGAACGGGAUUUUACUGCAGCUCAUUUCGUGCUUGCAGUGCAGGAGAUGUCCCCAUUAUUUUCUGCCAAGCCUAGACCUUUUCCAAGGAAAGCCACAUUCGGGCCUUGAAAACGCUGCCAAACAGACUUGGCGAAUGGCGAGAGAAAUUCUAACCAACCCUAAAAGCCUGGAGAAACUCUGAGCAGAUUGACAGCGUCAUCGUCCCCCUCCAGCAUCAGCUCUGUCUCAGGGCUCUGGCAGACCAC